CCUAGAUGAGCUGACAACUCCCCAGGUAAUAUAUAAUACUGUGCAACAGAGUGCAAUAGAGUGCAAGCAGUGACUGCCAUUGAAGCUUAUGUUGCUGCAUCUCCAUUGAGUUGCUUAUGCUCGUGAGUGAGAUGAACCAUCUGUCCUUGCUUCUGCAUCUGAUAUUCUUCAUUGUCCUUAAUCCUUCAGUCCUUUCUACCAGCCAAGAUCAAUUUGUCUACUCCGGUUUCACUGGUGUUAAUCUAACUCUCGACGGCGUAGCCACAGUCACACCAAAUGGCCUGCUUGAGCUGACCAAUGGCACCACCCUGCUCAAAGGACAUGCUUUCCACCCGACUCCAUUCCACUUUGGUGAAACGUCCAAUGGGACAGUUCCGUCUUUUAGUGUCUCCUAUGUGUUUGCCAUCUACUGUGCCGUGCCCGUUAUCUGCGGCCAUGGCAUGGCCUUCCUUGUUGCUGCAAGCAACAACUUCUCAAACACAAUGCCAACCCAGUACUUGGGCCUCACCAACGACCACAACAAUGGCAAAGCAACAAACCACUUCUUCGCAGUGGAGCUCGACACCUCUCAGAAUGAUGAGUUCAAGGACAUAAACAACAACCAUGUUGGAAUCGACAUCAAUGGGCUCAAUUCUGUGAACUCCAGCAAAGCCGGCUAUUAUGACGACAGCGAUGGUAACUUACAUAACUUGACACUCACGAGCUACAAAAUGAUGCAGGUGUGGGUGGAAUAUAACAGGGAUAGUACACAUAUCGACGUGACCUUGGCUCCCUUAUAUAUGGCCAAACCCAUCAAGCCAAUACUCUCUACCACCUACAACCUCUCAAGAGUGCUCACAGAUAUGGUUUAUGUUGGCUUCUCGGCAUCGACAGGCACAAUCAUCUCGCAACAGUAUGUGCUUGGUUGGAGUUUCGGUGUGAACAGGCCUGCUCCAACCAUUGACAUCACCAAGCUUCCAAAGCUACCUCGUCAAGGCCCCAAGCCUAGAUCUAAGGUAUUAGAAAUCGUGCUGCCAAUAGGCACUGCAGCAUUUGUAAUUUUUGUGGGUGCCAUUGUGGUUCUUUUUGUUCGAAGGCGAUUAAGGUACACUGAGCUGCGAGAAAAUUGGGAAGUCGAAUUUGGGCCGCAUAGAUUUUCAUACAAGGACUUGGUUCACGCUACCAAGGGAUUUAAGAGCGAGAAUCUACUAGGUGCAGGAGGAUUUGGAAGGGUAUAUAAGGGAGUGCUUCAAGUGUCCAAAUUAGAGAUUGCAGUGAAAAGGAUCUCACAUGACUCUAAGCAGGGAAUGAAAGAAUUUGUGGCUGAGGUUGUUAGCAUUGGCCGCCUCCAACACCGUAAUCUUGUGAAAUUGCAUGGCUAUUGCCGUCGCAAAGGUGAGCUUAUUUUGGUGUAUGAAUACAUGUCAAACGGAAGUCUUGACAAAUACUUGUAUGAUCAAGAGAAGAAGCCUACUUUAACUUGGUCUCAAAGAUUCCAGAUCAUCAAAGGCAUUGCAUCCGGCUUGCUCUACCUCCAUGAGGACUGGGAAAAAGUUGUACUCCAUCGAGACAUCAAGCCAAGCAAUGUGCUCCUAGAUGAUGAAUUCAACGGCCGACUUGGGGAUUUUGGCUUAGCAAGGUUAUAUGAACAUGGCACUGACCCUCAAACCACACAUGUUAUUGGCACUAUUGGAUACCUAGCUCCCGAGCUAGCACGGACCAGCAAAGCAACCCCUCUUACUGAUGUAUUUUCAUUUGGCAUGUUUAUUCUUGAAGUCACUUGUGGGCGAAAGCCCAUCGACCGAACUGCACAAGGCAAUCACCUUGUGUUGGUCGACUGGGUGCUUGAUUGUUGGCGCCAAGGAUUUCUUGUAGAUGCAGUGGAUACCAGGCUCCAAGGUGCCUAUAAUGCUGAUGAGGCAUGCCUGGCUCUAAAGUUAGGGCUGUUGAGCUCACACCCUUUCAUCAAUUUAAGGCCCAAUAUGAGGGAGGUUAUGCAGUAUCUCGAUGGCAAUAUGCCACCACCAGAGCUAAACCCAGGACAUAUGAGCUUUCACAUGCUCUGCUUGAUGCAGAAUAAAGGUUUCGAUCCAGAGACCAUGAAGUUCUUCUUCCUUUGCUUCCUCCUUUCGUUUAGCCUUGAUCUUGCAUUCUUCUCUACAACUAGUGACAACCAACUCUUGUACCUUGGCUUCACUGGUACUAACCUCACCUUAGACGGAACUACCACAGUCACGUCGAACGGACUACUUGAACUAACCGAUGGCUCAAUUUAUUCCAAAGGCCAUGCAUUCUACCCAAUUCCACUGCACUUCCGCAAAUCAUCCAAUGGUAUAAUCCAGUCAUUCUCAGUUGCCUUCGUGUUUGCCAUCCGCUCUAGAUACCCCAUCAUAAGCCAACAUGGCAUGGCUUUCAUCAUUGCCCCAAGAACGAACUUCUCAGAUGCACUGGGCUCCCAAUACUUGGGUUUCAUGAACUCCCUAGACAAUGGGAACUUGAGCAACCAUAUCUUCGCCAUCGAGCUCGACACCAUCCAAAACCUGGAGUUCCAAGACAUCAACGACAAUCAUGUAGGCAUCAACAUCAACAACCUCCGCUCUAUGCAGUCCAACCCUGCAGGCUACUAUGAUGACAGGAGUAGUAGCUUCCAAAACAUGAGUCUUAAAAGUGGCGAUGCAAUGCAAAUGUGGGUGGACUACAAUGGAGAAGACAAGAAAAUCAGUGUUACCAUGGCUUCCCUCCAAAUGGGAAAACCUACAAGGCCACUCAUCUCAGCCAAUUGUGACCUCUCAACAGUGCUACAAGAGCCAUCAUACAUGGGCUUCUCAUCAUCAACUGGCACAGUUGGCUCACGACACUACGUACUUGGCUGGAGCUUCAGCAUGAGCAAAACCGCUCCGGUGAUCGACAUUGCCAAGCUGCCAAGGCUACCUCGUCAGGGCCCAACGCAUCAGUUAAGGAUCUUGGAAAUCAUCCUACCAAUAGCAAGCGCAAUAUUUGUAAUUGUUGUGGGUGUUGUGGCCAUUUUUCUUGUGAGAAGGCGGCUGAAAUAUGCUGAGCUAAAAGAAGAUUGGGAGAUUGAGUUCGGGCCGCAUCGGUUCUCAUACAAGGAUUUGUACCACGCCACAGAAGGGUUUAAGAACAAAUUUCUGCUUGGCGCAGGAGGAUUUGGGAAGGUAUAUAAAGGAAUACUUCCAUCAUCUAGACUAGAGGUUGCCGUGAAGAGGGUAUCCCAUGAGUCAAGCCAGGGUAUCAAGGAGUUUGUUGCUGAGAUUAUCAGCAUUGGCCGCAUCCGACAUCGCAACCUUGUUCCAUUACUUGGCUACUGUAGAAGAAAAGGUGAACUUCUUUUAGUGUAUGACCACAUGUUAAAUGGUAGCCUUGACAAGUAUUUGUAUUGUCAUGAGCAAAAACCUACACUAAAUUGGCCUCAAAGGUAUUGGAUAAUCAAGGGUAUUGCAUCAGGUUUGCUCUAUCUCCAUGAGAAAUGGGAGAAAGUUAUCAUUCACCGUGACAUCAAAGCAAGCAAUGUACUUCUUGACAGUGGAAUGAACGGGCGAUUAGGUGACUUUGGCCUUGCAAGACUUUAUGAUCAUGGAACUGACCUACAGACCACACAUGUGGUCGGUACUAUGGGGUACCUAGCCCCGGAAUUAGUAAGCACAGGUAAGGCAUCUCCUCUCACAGAUGUGUUCGCCUUUGGCAUGUUCCUUCUUGAAAUUACCUGCGGGCAAAGGCCAGUUAACAGCAAUGCACACGGUAAUCAACCGAUACUAGUGGAUUGCGUUCUUGAGCAUUGGCGCAAAGGAUCACUAACUGAGGCAGUAGACACAAGGUUACAAGGCAACUACAAUGUUGACGAGGCAUGCCUGAUGCUAAAGCUAGGAUUACUAUGCUCACACCCAUUUACCAAUGUAAGGCCUAACAUGCAGCAAAUCGUGCGGUACCUUGACGGUGAUUUGCCACUCCCAGAGUUAACACAUACAGACAUGAGCUUCAGCAUGCUCUCUCUAAUGCAGGAUGAAGAGUUUGACCCAUAUGCAUUAACAAGCAUUGGCACAAUAUCUGGUGUCUCUGGAGGAAGAUGAUAUCCAUGGUGUUUGAUGUUCUCAUAUAUGAGCAAUUGCAUGCCGCACGCUAUAUUCUAUUUUGUACCAAUUCCUGUAAUGCUGGGACUAUGUUAGACUAUUCAGGCUUCAGGGAGUUCUACUUUUGCAAGAGUGGUGUAUUAUUGCAUAUCGCACGGUCUUACAUAGCUCAUAAAUGUAAGCUAUCUUUGUAUCAGUGGGUUGAUUGACAUAUAUUGUUCAGUUUCUUAUCA